AGCAAAUUGUACGUAUAUAAUUCAACGAAUUUCGCAUAAACAACGAGUAUAUUUAUUCAAAAACUGGUUUCGUGCGUUCGGUGAAAGUAUAUGAAAAGAAAAGUAAAAAGUGACGGGAAUCCUCAUUUUUGGAGCAGCCUCGUUUUGUAGUGUAUGUCUGGGUUGUUAGAAUAGCUCACUUUGUACAUAAAAGAAUGUACCUCUUAACCUAUUCUGUGUUCUUAUUUCUCUUAAGUGUGCGAUGGUUAACGUUGCAGAAGUCACGGUAGUAUAGUUCGAAGCACGUACGGCGAUAAAGCUUCGAGUUCGCAUUACGUCUCACCGUAACGAUGAAGUUGAUCCGGUGUAUUUUCUUCGGCGUCCUAUUAGUCCAAUGGGUCGGUUCUGCGCCAAGUGAAAUAGUUCUGGAAGUCGCAGAACCAAAGGAAGUGGAUAAUGCAGAAGAGAAGGACAUAGCAGUACUGAAGGAAGUUUCAGAACAGAAGGAGGUGGAGAAUGUUGAAGAAUCUGAACCUCAGACUUUAUUAGACGAAGGUAGCGAUAAACCUGACAUGCAAGGGCAGCGACAGAAACGAUGGUAUAAUUAUUACGGUUUCCCUCCCAUCAAUCCAGUCAUCUACAGAGGAAAUGACUUUCCGAAUGCUGGCGUUUAUGGAUCGGAAGAUCCAUACGUCCAGAUUCACAGAAGGCUGCAAGAAAUUAGCGGCUACAUAAGACAGCCGCAGCCACAACUACCACCUCCGCCGCUUCCUCAGGGACUGCCUCAAUUCCCACCAUUUUUCCCCAUUUUAUACAUUCCCCAGAUUGGAUGCGCUUGCACACCAAAUAAUGUACCGAGCCAACCCGACAAUACGCCUGCACCUCCUCAAGAGAACAAUAGAACUACAGAUAACCCAGGUGUUAAUAACAGGUGGCCAGAAAUGGAAGACGAGCGGCAGAACUGGGGAUUCUUGCUCAACGACACUGAUACAAAUGAUAAUAAUGAUGCUAAUAUAAACGACGGAGCUAGACCGAUUUCUUUCGUACCAAUCAGACCUAACAGAACUAUGAGUAGACCUCCACCGCCAGUUGAACAUGGAAGUGCUCAAGCAGACAUUAAUAGUCUGACAGUGACAACAACGGUGCCGCCACCACAAAUCACGACAUCGAGGCUAUCUCCACCAAGUCCUUGCGACGGCGCAGUGUUAAGUUGCUGCCAUAUGUCACAAGUGACGUAUGAUUGUUUCGCAGCCCAAGGAUGUCCGGACCCUUCAGCUUACGGCAAUCCCUGUGAUCCCAGUGUGAUCGUCCGAGUAAUUGAGAGAUUCAGAGAGUAUUACAACCAGAGAAGCGGUUGAAUUGUAGUCAAAGAAAUUAUGAUUAAAUAAAUUUCAUGUUUUAUUUCAUUUGCAUUGUGAUUUACUGUGAUGUUUUUAUAUAAAAAUAUAAAAUUUCUGCAUAAACCUCUACUUUAAUAACAGCUGUAGUGUAAGAGCGCUUUUAUAACAUAUUUUUAUCAAAAACCUAGUUUUAUUUUAAUGAAGAAACAAGAAACACUCAUGUAUUUAUAUUGUAAAUAUAAUUUAUUAUGUGUAAAAAGUUGUGACAAUUUUACUCUUUUAUUAAUUUUAUUUGAUCAUCUUUUUAUACAAAACAUAUGCCAUUAUAAUUAGUUUUAUCUUUUGAAUAGUUAAUGGGUAAUAUGAUAUAGCGGGCAGUCUUGGACAUUCAGUAAACCACUAAAGUAACCUGUGUCAUAUUUUCUAUUCUAUUUGAAUAUUUAUUUUGAAUUUGUUCAGGUCAAGAGUGUAAUCUUGACAAAUUUCAGAUUUAUUUUUUAAUAAAUAUUUCUAACACACACACCAAUUCUCCUAGCCCCGAACUCAGCACUGAGGCUUGUGCUUUUUAUGGGAUAAUUGGGUAACGGAUAGAACACAUUAAACUGAUACAUAUAUAACUAUAUAAAUAGUAAUACAUAUAAACAUUCAUGACUUAGGUAUAGGUGCUUGUAAACAUCACAUAAACAUUUGCUCUACGGGAAUUCGAACUCUGGGCUUCUGAGUAGGCCACACCUUGAAAACCCGGCGUACAUACCACUCAAGCCACGCAGGUCGUCGUCAAUUAAUUGGUAAAUUUGGUUUAUAUAUUGUAAGUAUCGUCAAAGCCUAGUUACUUUAAUAUCACUAGCACUACGAAUUUAGAUUGUUACAUUGUUGAAUAAUAGUGGUUGUUGUUAACCACCGUGGUUUUCACUGUCCCAGGAUAAAUUAAAUACAUGAAAGGAUUAAUAUUAUUUUAAGAUAAAAUUACUUGUAGUUUUUGAUAUUUGAUUAUACAUAACAACGGAUUGUACACUUUUACUUAUGUGUUUACACUUAGUGCAUUUACAAAAUAAUUAAAACAAAUUAAC